GUCUCCAUAUUUGGAAGAUACUGUUUUGUUUUUAAUUAUACAAAAAUUUUCAGACUUUAUAUUAUCAUAUCAAAAACACAAGAUGCCCACACACAGUGGCCAGAAGAAAACCCAGGCCCGAAGCCAGCGCAGAAAGUUCCAGUGGGCCCGGGCAGGUUGCUGGGGCCAGCACAGAGUCCCGCUGCCGGUGCCUGUCUGUACGUCCGUCUGUCCUUCGGCCCCGCUCACAGCCAGGGCAGGGCUGGCCUCGGGGGCGUGCUCACGGCGGACCUUGCCCAGCUCAGGUCCAAGGUGGGGCUGUCUGUGGUCGCCCAGGGCGUCCACCUCCCCCAGUAGCGUCUGCCUCCUGGCUGCUGCCGGCCACCUCCUAACUGCGAAUCGCUGUCUUUCUGUCGCGGUCCUUGCUCUGCAGAGGGGAGGGAGGAGUGUCAGGGCCCGGCAGAACCCAGCGCCAGUCUGCGCCUCUCUGGCCUCCCUGCUGGGUGCAGUCUCAGGUGGCCAGCGCUGAGGCACCUCCUUCUCAGCUCUCCCCAGCUUCCCCCAAGCGUUUUGGGGAGGGGAGCACACUGCUGCACAGCCGAAAUUGUAAAAUUAAAUUUCCCAGAUGUUCAGGCCCCAGGAGCUCACGCGUGCUGUCUGGAGAGGAAAUGGGGAUUGGGAAAAGCCGUGCCGUAUUUUCUCCCUGCUCACCCUGCUUUUCCGGUGCCACCAAGCACAGCAGGAGCUGUAAAUCACAGCUGGCCAGCGUCUCCUGCAGGGGCCCUCACCUCCCCGGCCCCCACAUCUCCUGCCAGUCUCUGCCUUCAUGUCCCAUGGUCCAUGUCUCCGCCAGCCCUACAGGACCUGGUGUCUUGCUGUGCAGCCCGGGCGGGGAGUGGACAGCAGAAGGUGCAGAUCUGUUUGGGCUGGGCGUUCUCGCCGUCGCGCGCGGGAGGCGGCGGUGGCGGUGGCGGUGGCGGGGGGCUGCCCGCGCGCGCCGCGUGGAAGAAGGCCGGACCCGAGUGGCACGGCUGUCCGUCUCCGCAGGCCUCGCCCGCCAGCAGCACGUUGCCCAGGACAUCCGGAACACGGUGGGCAACGUGCCCCUGGAGUGGUAUGACGACUUCCCCCACGUGGGCUAUGACCUGGAUGGCAGGUGCAUCUACAAGCCCCUGAGGACCCAGGAUGAGCUGGAUCAGUUCCUGGACAAGAUGGACAACCCUGACUACUGGCGCACCGUGCAGGACCCAAUGACAGGGCGGGACCUGAGGCUGACCGACGAGCAGGUGGCGCUGGUGCGGCGGCUGCAGAGUGGCCAGUUUGGGGACACGGGCUUCGACCCCUAUGAGCCGGCUGUCGAUUUCUUCAGUGGGGACGUCAUGAUCCAUCCGGUGACCAACCGCCCAGCCGACAAGCGCAGCUUCAUCCCCUCCCUGGUGGAGAAGGAGAAGGUCUCUCGCAUGGUGCACGCCAUUAAGAUGGGCUGGAUCCAGCCUCGCCGGCCCCGAGACCCCACCCCCAGCUUCUAUGACCUGUGGGCUCAGGAGGACCCCAAUGCCGUGCUGGGGCGUCACAAGAUGCACGUGCCCGCACCCAAGUUGGCCUUGCCCGGCCAUGCGGAGUCGUACAACCCACCCCCCGAAUACCUGCUUGGCGAGGAGGAGCGUGCAGCGUGGGAACAGCAGGAGCCCAGCGAGAGGAAGCUGAGCUUUUUGCCGCGCAAGUUCCCGAGCCUGCGGGCCGUGCCUGCCUACGGACGCUUCAUCCAGGAGCGCUUUGAGCGCUGCCUCGACCUGUACCUGUGCCCUCGGCAGCGCAAGAUGAGGGUGAACGUAGACCCCGAGGACCUCAUCCCCAAGCUGCCUCGGCCGAGGGACCUGCAGCCCUUCCCCACGUGCCAGGCCCUGGUCUACAGGGGCCACAGUGACCUUGUCCGCUGUCUCAGUGUCUCUCCUGGGGGCCAGUGGCUGGCUUCAGGCUCCGAUGACGGCUCCCUGCGGCUCUGGGAGGUGGCCACUGCCCGCUGUGUGAGGACUGUGCCUGUGGGGGGCGUGGUGAGGAGUGUGGCUUGGAACCCUAACCCUACCGUCUGCCUGGUGGCUGUGGCCGUGGAGGACUCGGUGCUACUGCUGAACCCGGCUCUGGGGGACCGGCUGGUGGCAGGCGGCACGGAUCAGCUGCUGAGUGCCUUCGUCCCGCCUGAGGAGCCCACCUCGCAGCCCGCCCGCUGGCUGGAGGCCUCGGAGGAGGAGCGCCAAGUGGGCCUGCGGCUGCGGAUCUGCCACAGCAAGCCAGUGACGCAGGUGACCUGGCAUGGGCGUGGGGACUACCUGGCCGUGGUACUGGCCACCCAGGGCCACACCCAGGUGCUGAUCCAUCAGCUGAGCCUUCGCCGCAGCCAGAGCCCGUUCCGCCGCAGCCACGGGCAGGUGCAGCGGGUGGCCUUCCACCCUUCGAGGCCCUUCUUGUUGGUGGCGUCCCAGCGCAGCAUCCGCCUCUACCACCUGCUGCGCCAGGAGCUCACCAAGAAGCUGAUGCCCAACUGCAAGUGGGUGUCCAGCCUGUCUGUGCACCCAGCAGGUGACAACGUCAUCUGUGGGAGCUACGACAGCAAGCUGGUGUGGUUUGACCUGGACCUUUCCACCAAGCCAUACAAGGUGCUAAGACACCACAAGAAAGCUCUGCGGGCUGUGGCCUUCCACCCCCGGUACCCGCUCUUCGCAUCAGGGUCGGACGACGGCAGCGUGAUCGUCUGUCAUGGCAUGGUGUACAAUGACCUUCUGCAGAACCCCCUGCUGGUGCCUGUCAAGGUGCUGAAGGGACACACGCUGACCCGAGACCUGGGAGUGCUGGACGUCAUCUUCCACCCCACUCAGCCAUGGGUCUUCUCCUCGGGGGCAGAUGGGACCAUCCGCCUCUUCUCAUAGCUGUGCCGCCUGCCCUGGGGCCGGGGCGGUUGCGCUGGAGUCAAUAGAGGCUUUUCCCUGUGCUG